AUGUCUAACAUAACCACCGAGAUCGAACACCUCUCGAUCUCCAGCCCCGGCAGAAACAAACAUUCACCAGGGAGCAUAAUCAACUCGGGCACGAUAGCCCAACAACAUCAAUCUGACAACAUUGAAUCGACUGCUCUACCAGCACCAGCACCCAUUCGAAAAUGGCGUUGGCCAAAACCAUCUGAGAGAAGAAAGAAAGCAGCAACACUAGAUACCAGUACCAAUACCAACACCCUCCCACCACCUCAACGCCCUAGUGAAUGGAUCUGGGGAAACGAAUUACCCCAGGUACCCUCUCAGAGCACUGCUCCCUCAUUCUCAUUCUCACGACCACAACUCCUCGCUUCCCUAAACCACCCACUACCUACUUCCUCCAACCCACCCACCCUAUCCCUCACCCAGGGAUUCGAGAAAUACUGGGAAGACAUAUCAGACAAAGAAAUGACCACGUAUAUCCCGCUCAACAUCAUCAAGAUUUGGAAACAAGUCAUCGCACAGAAACGUAUGCAAGCGAGAGCAGAAGGCGCAGAAUACGAGCGAGAGUUGGAAGAAGCGCUUGAGGAGAGAUAUGGUGCGAUGUUGAGGUAUAGGGAGGAGGAGAAUAAGGCGGGAUUUGUGGAGGAAUUGUUGGAGAUGGUGGAGGAGUGUGAUUUGUUUGGGGUAGUGAGGGAGAGGGGGAGGAGGACAUUUUGGAAAGGGGAUGGGGUGGAGUAG